AUGGACCAAGGUGAACUUCCUGCCAAAGCUGGCCAUACAAUCCAGUUUUGGGGUAUUUUUGUUGCUCUAUGCAUUCUUUCUUUCAUUUCAGCCCUUGAUGUCGCCAUUAUCACUACAGCCCUCCCUACCAUCACAGCCGAGAUCGGGGGUGCUAAUAUAUAUGUUUGGAUUGCGAAUUCCUUCGUGCUGGCUUCAUCGGUCUUGCAACCCCUUUGUGGCCAACUUGCAAACAUAUACGGGCGUCGCAUCCCCUUUAUAGGCUCCAUUAUGCUUUUUACACUGGGUAGUGGUAUUGCCGGUGGCGCAACAAGCGCAGGGAUGUUGAUAGCGGGCCGCACAAUACAAGGUAUUGGGGCAGGAGGUAUCUAUGUGCUGAUUGAUAUCGUUUGCUGCGACUUGGUCCCCCUUCGAGAACGCGGGAAAUAUCUCAGCUUGAUGUUCUCAUGGUCUGGAAUGGCGGCUGCGUUAGGUCCAGUUGUUGGUGGAGCACUCGCUGAAGCAAACUGGCGUUGGAUCUUUUACCUUAACAUCCCAAUCUGCACUUUAACGCUGGUGAUACUGCUUCUCUUUAUGAAAGUAAAGACCACAAAACUUGCUGACUCUGGCCUCGGACAAAUCGAUUUUCUCGGAAAUCUCAUCUUUAUUCCAAGUAUGAUAUCUCUCCUCCUUGGCCUGGUGACCGGAGGUAUCGAACAUCCUUGGUCUAGCUGGCGUAUCGUCCUUCCAUUGGUGCUAGGUAUCGCAGGCUGGAUCUGUUUCCAUCUUCAGCAAAACUUCUCCAGCCAUCCAAGCGUGCCUCCACAUCUGUUUAGCAACCGCACAUCGGCGGCUGCAUACCUAUUAACAUUCCUGUCUUCUGUCCUGGUUCAGGCAAUCUCAUACUUCCUCCCAGUUUACUUUCAGGCUGUGCAUGGUACAACAACCUUGCGAUCAGGUAUUGACUUCCUUCCAUUUGCUAUCAGUACCUUGGGCUCAGCUGUUAUAUCCGGUAUACUGUUAAGUAAAUUUGGCGUUUAUCGACCAAUCCACGCGGUAUCUUUCGCCCUUUCGGCUAUUGGAUUCGGGCUUUUGACCCUUUUGAAUAGCCGCACCAAAACUGUAACCUGGGUCUUCUUCCAGUUGAUUGCAGGUGCAGGCUCAGGGACAAUUCUGUCUGCCCUACUACCGGCAAUUAUGGCGGCUCUUGCAGAAGCUGAUGUUGCAUCGUCAUCCGCAACCUUCAGCUUUGUUCGGACCUUCGGGUACAUCUGGGGAGUAACAAUUGCCUCCAUAAUAUUCAACGGGCAGUUUAACAAGUAUCUACCGGCGAUAUCCUCCCAAACACUGAGGGACCAGCUGAGAAAUAGUGCUGCAUACUCAUUUGCAAGUCAAGCCCAUAGGCUUCGAACCCUCAUUCCUGAACCCGUGUGGAAUGAGGUGGUGGAGGUGUAUGUUAAAAGCCUAAGAGCCAUUUGGUGGGUCGGGCUAGGAUUUAGCAUCGUCAGUUUGUUUGUGGUCGCUCUGGAGAAGGAUUUGAAAUUGAGAGAGGAUCUAGAAACUGAGUAUGGUAUCAAGGAUGAGAAAAAUGGUGGCACACCUGCGGAUGAGGAAAGCGGCCUUGGAACCAACUAA